AUGCAAGAAAGGCUGCAGCAAGUGGUGGGGCAGCGCGAUUUAUCUGCUUUCGUUGUAGGUCCUGCUGCUGCUGCUGCUGCUGCUGCUGGGGAGACAGCUGAGGGCGUCAGCUGUCUCUCGUGUGCUACUGAGAGAGACACUCCAGAGGGUCCCCUUCGCUUUAAUACUGCUGCACUUCACAAGUACUCGGCACACCAGAGGCCCAGCAGCAACAGCAGCAGCAACAGCAGCAAUAGCAGCAGCAGCAGCAGAAGCAGCAACAGCAGCAGAAGCAGGAGAAGCAGAAGCAAAAGCAGCAGCAACAACAAUGCUUUUACACCGAGUCAGGCUGUCUCCUUUUGCUGCGGCGCUUUGGGUGCCCCAGAGGGAGGGGAUUCGGAGGGUUCUUUAGCAGCAGCAGCGGCAGCAGCAGCAGCAGCAGCUGCUGCUGCUGCUGCUGCUGGCGGGCCCCGCUGCGUCUCUGCACUUGAUGGUGCUGCGCUGCAGCACCCUGCAUAUAAACACCUUUGGGCUAUCGAAGGUGAGCUCGCAAAGAGAGAAGCAGAGAAAGAGAGAGAAACAAAAAAUAAUAAAACAAAUAUAGAGACAGACAUUAAAAAUAAUAAAACAGAAACAGAAGGAGGAGACAAGAAGAGAGAAACAGAGACAGGCCCACGCGAAGAGAGAGAAAGAGACAAAAAAGAAAAGGAGACAGCGAUAGAAGCGCAGCAGCUGCAGCAGCAGCAGCAGCAGCAGCAGCAGAUGGAAGCAGCAGCAAAGGUGACAUAUAAACAAGAGAUCCCUUUGCUGGGGCCAAAGGGCGGUGAGGAGACAUUUGCUGCGUUUGCUGAUAAAUUAAAACACCCGCGAGGAGACAACAGCCUACCAACUUGCAGCAGCUGCAGCAACAGCAGCAGCAGCAGCAGCAGCAGUUGCUACUGCAACUGCAGCAGGAGCCGCUGCACCAGCAGCAGCGGAAGCAGCAGCAUGUGUACAAGCUGUAACAGCAGCUGCAUCAGUAUGACAAGCAGCAGCAGCAAUAUCAACAAUAACAGCAGCAGCAGCAGCAAGCGAGGAUUGGAGGGCCGCACGCGACCGCGGCUGCAGCAAUCUCUGUUGCUGCGAGCAGCAGCAGAUAAGAAGGGGGCAGCAAGCGCCAGCAGCAGCAGCAAUUGCUUCCUUAUUAGUCCCCCUGUGUCUCCUCCUGCAUCUGAAGCAGCAUCAGUAGACACACGAGCAGCAGCAGCAGCAGCAAAACAACUGUCUCCUCUACCAAGCCGCAGCAGCUCUUUGGGCGUUUCUUUCUGCGCUCGCUGCAGCAGCAGCUGCUGCCCCCCUGCAUCAGCAGCAGCAACAAGAGCAGCAACAACAAGAGCAGCAAAGCAGAAGUGCGGCGCAGUGCGGCCGCGUACCGGUUCUGCAAGCAGCAGCAACAGCAGCAGCUGCAGCAGCAGCAACAGCAGCAACAGCAGCGAGACGGAGACAGCACAGAGGACAGGGAGAGCGUCUUUGCUGUCUCUAACUGUCUCCAGAGCUCAUCCCUACUCCCAAUUGAAGAAGAAACGCAACCGAGUGUUUGCUGCUAAAGCGCGGUGGUCUGCUGCUGCUCCUCUAACAGCAGCAGCACGUGCAGCAGCAGCAGCAGCAGCUGCUGCUGCUGCUGCUGCACGCAGAUCCCCUAGAAAGCAACCACACUGGUGCAGCUUAACUACAUCUCAUUGCAUGCGUAGCUGCGGUUCAUGUGAGGCCCUUGGAGCUGCUGCAGCAGGAGCAGCACCAGCUGCUGCUGCUGCUGCUGCCCCUGCUGCUGCUGCUGCUGCUGCAGUGCCUGGGGGCGUAGGAAACGCCAGCGUGGCCCACCCCGUCUCUUGUGGGCUUCGGUGCAGCAACAGCAGCAGCAACAGCAGCAGGAGCAGCUGCAGGAGCUGUCCAGGGGAAGGAGGAGCAGCAGCAGGAGCAGGAAGAGGAGCAGCAGCAGCAGCAGCAGCAGCAGAGCCGAGAGAAGUUGUUGAUGAAGCAACACAUGGUGUUAUGCUGCCUUUAACUCUAGGGCGAGGUUAUAUUAUCGAUAGAGACAAUCAGCAGCCGCCUGCAUGCGUGCAGCAGGUUCGGGUGUCUAUACACCAUCCAGGGGGGGCUUGCGGUGGUGCUGCUGCUCCUGCUGCUCCUGCUGCUGCUCCUGCUGCAGCAGGAGCAGCAGCAGCAGCAACAGGGGGAGGAGCAACAGCAACAGCACCAAAGGCAGCAGAAGAAAAUUGUAGGAAUUGCAAGUGCGGGCCUCACACUCAGCAGCAGCAGGAGCAGCAGCAGCAGCAUCAGCAACAGCAGCAGCAGCAGCAGCAAGAGGGAGGUGCGCAGGAGCAGGAAGGAAGAGACUAUGCGUGCAAUUCUACUUUGCUGCUGCAGCAGCAACUUGCUGCUCAAGACACCGAACUAAGAGCAGCAGCGCAGCAGCUAGCUGCUUCUCUGCAUCAUCCAUUGCUGCAGCAGCUGCAGCAGCAAGCACAUAUAUUGCAGCAGCAGCUAGAUGAUGUUAAUAAUUAUUUUAUUGAGCUGCAGCAAAAUGCUGCUUACUUACCGGACUUCGGCUCAAGAACAGGUUAG